AAAAACAGCGUGGCGCCAAGCUCAAUCUCCCUCGGCAACGCACCCUUCAAUAUCCACCCGCGUAAACGAGCGUGCUGAAACAUCUUUCCUCCAAAACCAAUCACGAAGCGCGUACACAAACCACAGUCUCCUUGCAUAAAGAAUGCAUGUCUCACCUAAAUUCAAACUACUCAGAAUACUGUUCUUACCAAACGUGAAGAUUCUGCAAAUCCGGCUUACUUAAAUAUACACGAUUAUCCUGUAGUCCGAGAGGUUUUUUUUUUUGUAUGUGAUUACACAGAAAUAAGGGGAGUGAAAAAGUGGGAAGGAUGAAGUUGGCGGAGGUAUUAAAAGUACUUCUGGUGGCGGCUAUGGUGAUGACGACGGCGAAAGCGAUAUGGCUAGAAAUGCCGGCUACAGGGAUUAAGUGUGUGUAUGAGGAAAUCCAUAAUAACGUCGUUGUUUUGGCUGAUUACGCUGUCAUCGGUGACGAGGAGCAUGCCCAAGCUAAUAUUCUUCCCACUAUUUCCGUUAAGGUUACAUCACCAUUUGGAAACAAUCUCCAUCAUGAAGAAAACGUCACGUAUGGUCAAUUUGCUUUUACAACCACCGAGGCUGGAAACUACAUGGCGUGCUUUCGGAUGAAUAGCCAUGCCCCAGGUAGUAAAGGUGUAACAAUUGGUAUUGACUGGAAAACUGGUAUUGCUGCCAAGGAUUGGGAUUCAAUUGCACGGAAAGAAAAGAUCAAAGACGUUGAACUUGUGCUGAUGAUAUUGCAAGAUAGGGUGCAAGCCAUACAUGAAAAGUUAGUCAAUCUGAAAAAGAGGGAAGAAGAAAUGAGAGAAGUGAGUGAGAAAACUAAUGCCGAAGUGGCAUGGUUCAGUAUAUUGUCCCUUAGCGUCUGCAUAUUGGCUGCAGCUAUGCAAGUAUGGUAUUUGAAGCGCUUCUUUAGGAAGAAAAAACUCAUAUAAUUUUAUGAGUAUGAUAGCUUUUCCUCUUGUGGGGAACCAUAGCUCACAGAAAAUUAGCAACGACGAAAUUCUUUCCCUUUGUACCAUGAGAGCAUCUUCCAUUCUUUUCUCUAGGCUUAUAUUGUUGUGUAGUUCUGAGAUUUGACUGGAGUUGGAAUCUAAGUUAGCAAUAGUGACAGAUAUCAUCUCUUAUGGCAAUGUAAGUUGUAACUAGGUAAGUUGAGGAAACAGUUUUGCACUUAAAUGUGCUUGUCUUCUGUUAAUGGAAUGUGUCCGAAACUACA